UUCUCGUCCGCGCAUAUAUAACCAGCCUUCGUGAAAAGGAGUCUCGAUUCCCAUCUACCCGACGGGCCCCAACAGUCCAUCCCAAUCCCGACCAACCUACGUAGCCACGGCGCCCCCCAACGCCACUACGUACGCCGCUCUCCAAGAUGACUCUCCUCGCCCCUCUUCUUGUCGCUGCCCUGCUCUCUCUCGCCCCUUCACCUUCCUCAGCAGUCACCCUUCAAAGUAUCAUCGACGCGUACGGCCUCGAUUCCGGAUCGUACAAUUUUACAUGGCCGACCGAGACACUUGACUCCAGCGACGCGACGUCUUGGAUUAACGAGAAGUGGUCGACCAAUGGCAACAAGCUUGAUUGGGGAGAUAACUACAUCGUCUUCACUGCCGACCCAUCAACGACGACGUCAACUCUUGUUCGCCGAGCCCACGAAUCCACAGAGUCAUCGUCUACGCAAAAGUCGUCUACAAAGUCGUCGACCAAGACGAGUAGCUCCUCUUCGGCUGCCACUAGUGCGGUUACUUAUCCUAACAUCACCGACCUCAGUGGGGAGGCCCCUUCGCUUCGAAUCGAAUAUCCUUCUGGGUCAUAUUCAAAGAAGACUGGUGGAACACAGUUCUAUGCUCAGCCCCUCAAUGCCAGCAGCUCUGAUGCGUCCGAUGCUGUUGGCAAUUCGUCAACAAAUGGAGAGUUUGAGAGGAUGCUCUUGACGUAUGAUAUCUGGUUUCCUACUGGAUUCUCAUGGGUCAAGGGUGGAAAGCUUCCUGGUCUCAGAGGUGGCAGUGACCCUCAUGGAUGUUCUGGCGGCUCCGAGGCGGAUGGAGAGACGUGUUUCAGCUCUCGAUUGAUGUGGAGGACGAGUGGCUCUGGUGAAGUCUACGCAUACAUCCCUACCUCUCAAAAGGGCUUCUGCUCAGAGACCGACGUCACCUGUAACUCCGACUACGGAACGUCCCUCUCUCGUGGCGGAUACUCGUUCGCCACAGGCAAGUGGCAGACAAUUUACAUGCUUGUAAUCCUCAACGAAGUCGGCACUGCCAACGGCCAGAUCGAACUCUGGUACAACGGUGUCCCAGCUGUCACCCAUACCGACCUCAUCAUCCGCUCAUCCGACUCCAUAUCCUCCAUCGGCGGCCUCUACUUUUCCACCUUCUUUGGAGGUGACGACUCUGACUGGGCGUCUCCGACGGACCAGUAUGUCUACUUCAGGAACAUACAACUCUAUGGUGGGCUAGGGGCGUCGAACUUGACGGGCUCCAAGGCGGAGAGUGGAGCUGCGCCGAGUGCUGGAGGAAGCAUCUGGGCCUGGGGGAUGGGUGUCGUUCUGGGGAUGGUUGGUGUUUGGAUGGGCUUGUAAACAGCUCGUUGCAUGAGCAGCAGAACGAGUCUUGGGUAUUUUUGGUAUUUCGUCCAAUUUGCUCUUCCGCAAUCUGAAUAACGUAUAGAUGAUUUUUGAUGAGGGGUUGCUUCAUCCAUGGUACGUGGACUAUUCUGGCUGAUUAGCCUGUAACGAAUAUUUAUGUAAAACUAGAAGUGUAACCUAUCAUGAGGGGCCUUCUACUAGAUGAUACAACGUGAGUAUAGUGUUCUAGAUACAUAUUCAGAGAAGAGAUGUAGACCAUAUACCCUUCCAGAGAA